CCUCACCCGAUCCACCCGAUCCACCCAGGCCAGCGAGACCAGCAAGCACAAGCCAUGUCGGAAUCGAAGCAGAAAGGAGGCAUCGACAGAGCCAGCGACGAGAAGCUGGUCUUUGAAACCAGCGGCGACGUCAAGGUCGUCUCGUCGUUCGAUCAGAUGGGACUGAAGGAAGAUCUGCUGCGAGGAAUCUAUGCCUACAACUUUGAAAAGCCCUCAGCCAUCCAGCAGCGUGCCAUCGUUCCAGUCAUCCGAGGCCGGGAUGUCAUCGCCCAGGCCCAGUCCGGCACCGGCAAAACGGCCACUUUCUCGAUCUCCGUCUUGCAGUCCAUCGACACCACUAUCCGCGAGACACAGGCCCUGAUUCUCUCACCAACUCGUGAACUGGCCACUCAGAUUCAAAGCGUCGUUCUGGCGCUGGGCGACUAUAUGAAUGUGCAGUGCCACGCCUGCAUUGGUGGAACAAGUAUUGGCGAAGAUAUCCGAAAGCUGGAUCACGGCCAGCACGUUGUGUCCGGCACUCCCGGCCGUGUCUUCGACAUGAUCCAGAGACGCAAUCUGCGAACCAAGAACAUCAAGAUGCUCGUCCUGGAUGAAGCCGACGAGAUGCUCAGUCGCGGAUUCAAGGAGCAGAUCUACGACGUCUACCGCUAUUUGCCACCCAACACCCAGGUGGUUCUGCUCAGCGCCACCCUCCCGCACGAUGUGCUCGAGAUCACCACCAAAUUCAUGACCGACCCCAUCCGUAUUCUGGUCAAGCGUGAUGAAAUCACCCUCGAGGGCAUCAAGCAGUUCUUUGUCGCAGUUGAGAAGGAGGAGUGGAAGUUUGACACCCUGUGCGAUCUCUACGACACUCUGACGAUCACUCAAGCCGUCAUUUUCUGUAACACUCGACGAAAGGUCGACUGGCUCACAGAGAAGAUGCGCGAGGCCAACUUCACCGUGUCAUCAAUGCACGGCGAUAUGCCCCAGAAGGAGCGAGAUGCCAUUAUGCAAGAGUUCCGCCAGGGCGCAAGUCGCGUCCUGAUCACCACCGAUGUGUGGGCCCGUGGUAUUGACGUGCAACAGGUGUCGCUGGUCAUCAACUACGAUCUCCCAAACAACCGUGAACUCUACAUCCACCGCAUCGGUCGCUCCGGUCGCUUCGGCCGCAAGGGUGUCGCCAUCAACUUUGUCAAGAACGACGACAUCAAGAUUCUUCGCGACAUUGAGCAGUACUACUCUACUCAAAUCGACGAAAUGCCCAUGAACGUGACCGAUCUUAUCUAGAGACACACUUACACUCAGCGCAGAGAAAAGGGUACACCGCCCUCUGUCAGGACGGGCCAGGGUCCCUCUGCAGCAACCACGAGCCUGCCGCCUGGAACCGAAGGCGGCAUGGCCGCCACUGCGCAAUCGCUCCCAUCUUUGCUGGUUAUCGGAUUUUUUGUUGUUAGUUGUGGGAGCGCGGCCUUGAAUACAUUCGGUCCAUUAUCCUUGGCCACGGCCGACCCAUCA